ACAACACACAAUUAAAAUCCCAUCUGUUUUCUUUCAACUUUUUCAGUAUUAAAAUGGAGAGAUGCCAUGAAGAAAGAGAGAAGAGAAGAAGACGGCUCUCUCUAUAAACAAAAACCAAAACAACAAAGCAAAGCAAAGAAAAGAAGAAAAAGAAAAACACAAAUCCAAAGUUUCCACUAAAGUUAACCCAAAUCACUGUCUGUCUCUUUGUCUCUAAGCUCGGUUUCACCAUUUCCUUCCUUCCUCUGAUUCUUUGUGUUUCUUCAAUACCCAUUUUCGAUUCAACCAAAACCCCACGUUCCAUUUUUCUCUAAAAAUGUCAUUCUCCUGCGGAAUCGAGUGUGUUGUGGUUUUGGGUUGCUUAAGAUGGGCUUGGAAGCGAUGUACCUACAUCGGCUCUUACGACAGCGCCACUUGGCCGCCGGCCACUUGUGACGACUUUGAGCCAGUCCCUCGAGUCUGCCGUUUAAUCCUGGCCGUUUACGAGUCCGAUCUCAAUAACCCUCAAUUUCUUCCUUCUGGGGGUUACCGUCCCAACCCCGAAUGGCUAAUCAAACGCGUCACUUACGAGCAGACAAAUGGUCGGGCUCCGCCGUACAUAAUCUACGUCGACCACGACCAUCGAGAAAUUGUUCUUGCCAUUCGGGGUCUUAAUUUAGUGAAAGAGAGUGAUUACAAGCUGUUGUUGGAUAAUCGAUUGGGGAUGCAAAUGUUUGAUGGUGGGUUUGUUCAUCAUGGUCUUCUAAAAUCCGCGACUUGGUUACUGAAUCAGGAAUCUGAGACGCUUAAACGUCUUUGGCUUGAGAAUGGGUCGGAUUACAAUAUGGUGUUUGCGGGUCAUUCUUUGGGUUCUGGUGUGGCGGCCUUGUUGACUGUCAUUGUGGUGAAUCAUCGGGACCUGUUGGGUGGUAUUCCGAGGAGUAAAGUCCGGUGCUAUGCGGUGGCGCCGGCCAGAUGUAUGUCGCUUAAUUUGGCUGUGAAAUAUGCGGAUGUGAUUAAUUCUGUCAUUUUGCAGGAUGAUUUCUUGCCAAGAACUGCCACACCCUUGGAAGAUAUAUUCAAGUCAAUCUUUUGUUUGCCUUGCCUGUUAUUUCUGGUUUGCUUGAGGGACACCUUCAUACCCGAGGGUCGAAAACUGCGGGAUCAAAGAAGACUUUACGCACCCGGAAGAAUGUAUCAUAUUGUUGAAAGAAAAUUUUGCAGAUGUGGGAGGUUUCCUCCUGAAAUUAGAACUGCUAUUCCUGUUGAUGGAAGAUUUGAACAUAUUGUCUUGUCAUGUCAUGCCACAUCUGAUCAUGGUAUAAUAUGGAUAGAAAAGGAAGCAAGGAAGGCCUUGGAAUUAAUGAAAGAAACUGCUGACAGUACAAUUACAACUGCGCCAACAGUACAGAAAUUUGAGAGGAAGCGGACCCUUGAUAAAGAACACAAAGAUGCUUUGGAUAGAGCUGUUAGUCUGAAUGUACCUCACGCUGUUUCAGUGGACGAUGAGGCUUCUCGUGAAGACGACGAAACACAAGAGCCUCCUACCGAAAAUGAAGAAUUCUCAACGAAGACGAAACCUGUUUCUGGCAGGACAAACUGGGACGAAGUAGUUGAAAAGCUAUUUCAUCGAAAUGAAUCAGGAGGCCUUCUUCUUAGAAAAGAUGUAGCAACAGCAACAAGUGAAGCUCCCCAUCAGUCUCAAUAGCAUCAUUUACUACAUUCUUCCUUUUAGUCAUUUUGAGGUCAGAUUUCCUUGUGCAUUUUUGAGUCGGUUGUGAGUACAAAGGUCAGGAUACAUCUUAAUUCUUUGUAUUUGUGAAUUUUUUUUACUGUAAAGUAGCAUGAUUUUUACAAUUGGGCAGUUUGCCUUCAAGAGUAACAACAAUUAUACAGAUGAGAAGGGAAGAAUGUUCUUCCGUGUCAAAGAACAUUCAUUAAACUGUGAUUGAUGAUGUUGUGUAUUUACUUUGCUUGUGGAUUUUGGUGAUUAAA